AUGCAAUGCCACGCCUGCAAGGCCUGGUGGCAUUUCACAUGCACGGGUUUACAGGACGACCAAAUAAGCCGACUAGCCAACUCUCCUGACCCGUUUGUCUGUGCCAGCUGCCUCUAUGUCAAGGGUGCAAUGCAUACCGCAGCGAAGAGAAGAGUCCCCCGAAACGGUACCCAAUCCCCAGUGCAGAUGCCGAAAGACCACUGCCAGUGUUCCGCUUUAAUCGGGAUACUCGACGCGAAAAUAGAGCGUCUUUCGAAGGCACUGGAGGACUCAGGCGCUAAGAAUGCAGCGACCUGGGCGAAAGUCGACAAGGAACUUUCCUCGCUGAACCAAUACCUCGCGAUGUCCAUACCGGGUCCCAUGGCUGAGAAGAAAGUCAUACAACUUUCUGACGCAGCUAUAAAAACCGCCACAGCGUCUCUAGUGGACAGACACCUAAUGGAAAUCAGACUAAUAAUCUGGGGGUCAUUCUCCGGAAAAAUCACGCCAGCAAAGCUGGCACAGUCGAUCCUCAGCAAGCCUGAUCAAUCGCUCCACGCAGAAUGGCUACGCCGAAAGGGAAGUGUUCACUACUUGUCAUUUAAUAUCCUUAGCGUUGCCGCAAAGGAUGGAAGUUCGGGCACAUCAACUGUGAAACAGGAGAUGAAAUCCAACCUAGAAAGUUCUGCACAUGUGAGCGAGAGUCGCUCCCGUCGCGCAACACUCCCUAAUUUUGGGAAAAAGUCAAUGCGAAUGUCUACUCCUGUCAGAGACUGUGGAUCUUCCCCUAGGUACCGUACCAGACAUCGUUCUCGACAGGAAACCACAUCUGAGCACGACCGGUCUCACAGUAUAGCGUCUUCGAUUGGAAGCAAACGCCGUUUUCAUCCGGAUUACGACCCAUUUAUCGAGAUUCGCCGAGCGAAAGAAAGAUUGGAGCGCUACCGAAACAAAGACGAUUGGAGUGCUGACAUGCUUCUGAGUGACGACGCUGACGAGGAUCUCCAUCGUUAUGAAGAAAAGUUGAAACGUCGUCUACGUGAGCGGAUCGUUACAAUUCAGCGUGGUCUACCCAGUGGUUCUUUCUCUAUGUUUGGUCUUCAUUGUCUUUCGUUUCGUCUCAAGGGUAGUCUAAUGGAACCGAUUGAAUUGGAACGAAGGCAGUUGGAACUCCUGCGGAGACAAAAGGACAUUGACAUGGGCAAGGUAACAGAUCGCUACGCUGAAUACGUCCUUAGUGUUCCGAAACCGGAGCGUGAGCGUUAUCAUCCCCGAACUCCCAACAAAUUCCGGAAAGUUUCCCGUCGUGCUUGGGACGGAAUGAUUCGAAAGUGGCGUAAACAUCUACACAACUUCGAGGAUCUAAAUUUCGAGGAGAGCUGGCGAUCACUUGCCUCGUCUUAUGUUAGUGGACAGUCGACUCCGGAUCGCAGUUUGAGUGGCGCUAGUUCUGACCACGAGGGAGAAAACAUUGCUCCAAUUGACGCACCAUCAGUCUGCUUAUCCACCGAAUUUAAGAACAUACACAAACUGACUAAUUCCCCCACACUUCGAUGUGGCACUCGAUCAAAAAGUUUUCUGUAUCCUCAAGUCAAACCAGAGGACGAGGAAGAUACAUUGCAGGCUCAUCCUAAAGCCUCCAGAGGUGACACGAGUCGUUCACCGUUUCGUCGGUCGCGAGUGGAAAACACUGAUGAUGAUGAUACACUUUCUGCUAUGCCUGUUUGGAGUGCCGGCUCUCCGGGCGUUGAAAGGCGUCUAACACGCAGCUCUCAUCCGCGGUCAUCGGUCGGUCCCAAUCCCGAGGCGAUACAUAGUGGUUUAACAAACGAUAUGGGAGACUUUUAUCAUGUCACAUCGGGAUCUUCUCAAAAACGUUCUUCAGCUCAUCUUAACAAGUCUAAAGAUGCGGAGAAACCGGAUCCUACAUCAGUAGAUAUCACAGACAUGACGGCAUUUCCAAAGCUGAGAUCAGGUUCGCCUGUUGGUAUCGCUUCGCCGUCAAAGAGAGCUAAACGCGGCAUCCUGUCUGAAAACGGGUUGAGCGGGCCCAGUUCUUGCCUCUUUGGUGGCAGUUCUCAAAGGACGUAAGGAACUACGCGAGCUUCCCGUUUAUUUACCUUUGCGGCCUGAAUGAAUUCGACUGGUCGGGCAAUUACCUCGGUGAAUCUUCUCAAUGUUUUGUUGUCUUUCUUGAACCCACCACCGCACUCUCCGUACUCAUCCAAUUCGUAGUAGUUUGUACAGUUGCAACCACAUGCCUGAUCAUGAUCAAUGCACUCCAGCUACACUAGGAACGCGAUUAUGAACUGAUUCCGGAUUCUACUAGACGCUCGUUCUCGCUGUCUUGCUACUGUCUACAGACUGUUUCAAUAAUCUGAGGGUCUCUCCAUGUCCACCUCGUUGUCUCGUUAUUCUAUUAUGUUUAUUCGUGGGAACCGUCUGCUUUUAUACACGCCCGAAAAAGAAAAAGUCCAA